GUAACACGAGAGCGUAGAAAGCGUGUUUUAGCGCUCUAUGGUCUCACGAGCAACAGUUUCUUUCCGCGUCCUGCAGCCACGCCCAUCAAUCUCAGCAUCGUUCUGAUUGGUCGGCUCCGGGUUGUCUGUUUUAAACCACCGGAAGCUUCACAUUGAAACUAUUCCACAAAUGUAAAGUAUGGAUGUAGGAAUCUGCUUUCUGUUCGACAACAAGGACUAAACAGUUGAGCUGAGCAUGAAAGGAACCGCCAAAAGCAAGGUGGUGACAUCGGGUAGGCUGACAGGAGCAGUCAGGGGACAGAUCUACAGGAGACGAGGGACUCCUGAUCCAGGACCGGCAGCAUGUCCUAAACCGGCCUACUCUCUGUACUCUACAUCCACAGAGUCUGAAGAGCAGGUCUCUUCUCUCCAUAAGGGUCUGGAUCGCUGUGCUGCCUUGCUGACUAACAUCCUCCAGGUGGAUAAGGCAGAUCCUCACAUGGCAGCGACGAGUGGAUCACCAUGUAGCUCACUCAGGAAGAGAACCAUUAAAAACACAAAGAAAGACCACAGGGGGCGUCAGCCUGGACCAGGCUUCAAAGCCCACCGUCCUGUUAGAAAACCAUCCACUGAUCCAACUCAAACCUCCAGCCAUUCACCUCAGACCAUACUCUAUCCUCCUGGGACCUCCAUCCCUCCAUCUCAGACCUCUAUCCCUCCAUGUGAGACCUCCAUCCAUCAACCUCCGACCUCCAUCCCUCCAUCUCAGACCUCUAUCCCUCCAUGUGAGACCUCCAUCCAUCAACCUCCGACCUCCAUCCCUCCAUCUCAGACCUCUAUCCCUCCAUGUGAGACCUCCAUCCAUCAACCUCCAACCUCAAUCCCUCCAUCUCAGACCCCCAUCCCUCCAUGUGAGACCUCCAUCCGUCAACCUCUGACCUCCAUCCCUCCAUCUCAGACCUCCAUUCCUCCAUGUGAGGCCUCCAUCGAUCCAUCUCAGCCCUCUAUCCAUCCACCUCAGACCUCCCUCCAUCUACCUCAGACCUCCACCUCCCAUGCAUACUGUAGGGUAGGGUGGGAUAGAGAAGAGGCAGAGUUUGUUCCUGUGAGAGACAUCAGUGUUCAAAGCUGUCCAAAGAGGUCAGACAUGCGGCUGGGGCUUGGGCAGGUCGAUCGAGUCCUGUUGGACACACCCGGUGGGAGGGACUGCAAAGGAGAGACCGAUGAGAAAGUGAAGACCGUUCAUUACCUGCUGGGAGAACUUAAGGCUCUGAUCGCUGGACAAGGCAGUGUAGCAGAGAGGCUGCUCACUCAUCUAGAGCAGACCGUGACUUCACCAAUAAUGGAUGCUGGGAGUUUAAACAUCUGGACCGACCCAGAACCACUAGCCUUUCACAACCAGAACAAUCUGCUACGCAGGCGGGUGCGGUUUCUUAACCAGCAGUUGAAGCAGAGGGAGAGAGCAGAGUCUCAUCAGAACCAGGGGAUGCUGUGUAACCCAGAAGUAUGGACUCUGCAGGAGGAGCUCAGCACUGCGCAGUCACAACUGCAAGAAGUCCAGGAUGACCUGACAGAGCUACGGAAGGCCCUGGAGGAAACACAGAGCCGGCUGACAGACCGCGAGGCAGAGAAGGCCCUCAUCCAGACAGAAUUGGAGGCCACCCGAAGCAGGUUGCUGGACAGUGAGCGGGAGAGGAGUGAGUUGGCUUCACUUGCACAGCAAAGACUGGAAGACAUAGGAAACCUAAACAGGAUGCUUCAGUGUCCCCCUUCAUCCUCAGUGUCAGACAACAGACACCUCUUUACUCAGCAUAGACCAGAAUCCGAUCGCAUCACCCAAUACCUGAUGUCUCUGGGUCAGCUGGAGCCCAUACCCUCUGAGCAUGUGUCUGCCGAGAGAGAAGUAAUCCCAAUACCACACCGCAAGGGAGGAGCCCGAGCGGCUCAUGCAACCGUCCUUUUUCAGAGCUGCCAUGUGGACCAAUCACAUGGUUCUAUUCGGAAUCCGCACCAGGCCCCGUCCUGCUGCGAUGUGGAGUCACUGUCUUCUAACUGUAGCUCCAGCUCGGGCUCCACCUUCGACACCAGAGAUGAGGUGGCGUUUAGAGCUGGCCUGGAGGCUCUGGAUGCUAGCAUAGCUAGUCUGCAGAGGACUAUUCAGCUGGACACGAGGAGAUGAAGGACUCCGCUGUGAUGGUUUUUAUCAAAUAUGUUGUCAUAUGAUGGUUAGAAGUGAA